AUGAAUAAAAAAUUCAUCAUAUUUUCAUUGUUGCUUGUUUUGGCAACAUGUUAAACAUAUAGUAUAGCACAAUGCACAUGUGCUUAAUUAUUGUCAGAAGGAGAUUGUACUAAAAAUGCCUCUCUUGGAUGUUCUUGGGAUGGCGCAAAAAAAGCAUGUGCUGUUUCAACUACUCCCGUAGUUCCAUCAGUGACCUAUGCAGCUUAUUGUGAUACUUUCGCUGAAACAGACUGUCCAAAAGCUAAGCCUUGUACAGAUUGUGGUACAUAUGCUGCAUGUGCAUGGGUGGAUAAAAAAUGCACAUACUUUACAGGAUGCACAGCCUUUAAUAAAACAACUAAGGAUGAAUGUUAAGCAAUUAGUAAUAGAUGCAUAACAGAUGGAACUCAUUGUGUUGAAAUUGAUGCUUGCAGUACAUACAAGAAAUAACUUCCUUGUGAUAAAAAUGCUGCUGGAAGUUUAUGCUUUUGGGAUGCAACAAAUAACAGUUGUGUAGAUGCUAACACCUGUGAUAGAUUACCAAUUACAUUUGCUACUGACAAGGAUUGUAGAGAUGUGAUAUCAACUUGUACAACUAAGACUGGAGGAGGAUGUAUUGAUAGUGGAAACAAUUGCAGUGAUUAAACAUUAGAAAUUUAAUGUGUUUGGAAUAAAUUAAAAACAGUUGCUUGCUAUUGGGAUGGAGCAGCAUGCAAAGACAGAAUUUGUGAUAAUGCACCAACAACAUUAACAACUGAUGAAACUUGCAAAGCCUUUAGAACAGAUGGUACAUGCACAACAAAAGCUAAUGGAGGAUGUGUAACCAGAACUACUUGUGCUGCUGCAACUAUCUAAGCUGCUUGUAUUAAGAAUAGCACAGGUGGCGAUUGCUAUUGGAAUGGAACUGCAUGUGUUGAUAAAUCUUGUACAAAUGCUCCAACAACAAUGACUACUAAUUCUGCUUGCGCUGGAUUUGUCACAGGAUGUAUUACUAAAUCAGGAGGAGGAUGUGUAUCCAAUGGAGCUUGCUCAGCUGCAAAUAUCUAAGCAGCUUGUGUUAAGAAUACAUCGGGAAUUGAUUGCAUUUGGGAUACAACAUGCAAAGAAAAAACUUGCGCAAAUGCCCCAAUUACUAAUAAUACCCAUGAUUUAUGUACAUCUUACUUAGCUACCUGCACUGUUAAAUCAGGAGGUGGAUGCUAAAAUAGAACUUGUGUAAAUGCUCCCACAACAUUAACCACAAAUGAUGCUUGUGAAGCCUAUUUACCAUCAAGUAACUGUAUAACAAAGACUGGAGGAGGCUGCGUUGUAAAUACUACAUGCGCACUAAUUUCUUUAGAAGCUGCUUGUAUCAAGAAUUCUUCUGGAGCUACCUGUUUUUGGGAUUCUGCAAGUUCAACUUGUAAGGAUAAAAUUUGCACUAAUGCUCCAUCAUCUAAUACUACACAUGAUCUAUGUGUGGCCUUUUUAUCAACAUGUACAGUUAAUUCAGCCAGCGCAGGUUGUGUCGAUAAAACAUGCGAAAAUACAUUAACUUAAGCUAUUUGCGAUAAAGAUUUUAAUAACAAAAUUUGUAUUUGGAAAGGAAAAUGUUACAAAAAAUAAUGUGUGUUAGCUUCAUCAACUACAGCAACUCAUGCUGAUUGUUAAACUUAUGAUUCAAGUUGUACAUUGAGUAAUACUGGUUUUGGAUGUGUACCUAUUCCUCUUAAAUGUGAAGCAAUUACUAUAGAAGCUGCUUGUAAUAUUAGAUUAUAAAUUACAAACUCAGUUAAAUCAUACCCAACAUGUGGUUGGAAUGGUUCAUAAUGUAUUGAUAAGGCUUGUUCUACUGCUCCAAAAACAAUAUAAACAACAAAUGAUUGCAAUAAUUACAAAACAGAUUGUGUUGCUAAUAACCCUGUGACUGUCAAUGGUUCUCCUACUAUUUAAGGAUGCUAAGAUUUACCAACAACAUGCGCUGCUAGAAAAUCAUCUGAAAAUUGUUCAAUCACAAGAAUUGGAUUCCCAACAUGCCUUUGGAACAGUACUACAUCUACAUGUGUUGAAAAAUCCUGUACUACUGCUAGUACUGCAGGAACACCAGGUGUACUAUUAACAUUUACUUUCUCUAAUUGUUAAGGAUAUCUCCCUACUUGUAUUUCAAACAACAAUUAAGAUGGAUGCAUUGCUAAACCUUCUAGUUGUUCAGGAUUAAAUUCUUAAAAUUGUCAAUUAGGAUCAAAAGCAAGUGGAGAUUGUUAUUGGAAUGGAACUAAUUGUGUUGAUAGAACUUGUGCAAAUAUUCCUCUAGCUACUCACUUAGCUUGUUAAGGUGUAUUGAAUACAUGCACAACAAAUAAUGGCAAAACAGCUUGUUAACCAUUAGCUGCUACUUGUACUUCCUAUGGAUCAUCUGAGAAUUGUAAAACUACAUCCACUUAGAAAACUUGUAUUUGGACUGGAACAGCUUGUAGGAGUGCAACUUGUGCUGAUGCAGCUGAUACUUCUUCUUUUAAUACAGAUGCAUUGUGUUCAGCCUAUCCAACACCAAGUGAAACUUGCACUGUGGUUUAUAAAACUGGAGGAUAAGGUUGCGUGACAAGAUCAGCUAAUUGUAGUGAUUAUGUCUCAUAAACUUAAUGCUAUAGAACUUUGACAGCAAGCUCAGAUGACUGUACCUGGAAUGCAAGUCUUAGCAAGUGCUUUUCAAAUACAUAUCUUGCAGGGGCAUGUUCAACUUUUAAAGGAACAAAAACCUAUUGUGAAUAACUGAAAACAGGUUGUACGAAUACAGUUAGUGCUACUGAUGGAGAUGCUUGUACAUUUUCUUGUACAAAUAUAACUGGCCUGACAAGUCCAAAUAAUACUCAUGCUACUUGUUAAGGAUACAAUACUUCUUGUACUAUUAAUGUUGCUGGAACUGCAUGUGUAACCUUAUCAGCAGCUUGCAGUAGUUAUGCAUAAGCAGAUUGUAAUGUCAAAACUGGUGGUUUGAAAUGUUUUUGGAAUGCAAGUGCUACUCCUGCUGCUUGUGUAGAUAUUACUUCAACUAAUUGUAACCUUCUCACAUCAUUAACAAGUCCAAAUAAUACUCAUGCAAUCUGUUAAGGAUACAGCACUGAUUGUACUAUUAAUGUUGCUGGGAAUGCCUGUAAGCCUUUGUAAGCUACUUGCGCUGGAUACAUUUAAGCUGAUUGUGAAACAAAAACUGGUGGUUUGAAAUGUUUUUGGAAUGCAAGUGCUACUCCUGCUGCUUGUGUAGAUAUUACCUCAGCUAAUUGUACUCUUAUUACAGGAUUAACAAGUCCAAAUAAUACUCAUGCCCAUUGUUAAUCAUAUAGUACUGACUGUACUAUUAAAACUGGAGCCACUGAAUGUAGAGCUAUUUAAGCAAAUUGCACUGGUUAUGCUGAAGUGGAAUGUAAUGUCAAAACUGGUGGUUUGAAAUGUUUUUGGAAUGCAAGUGCUACUCCUGCUGCUUGUGUAGAUAUUACUUCAGCUAAUUGUAACCUUCUCACAUCAUUAACAAGUCCAAAUAAUACUCAUGCAAUCUGUUAAGGAUACAGCACUGAUUGUACUAUUAAUGUUGCUGGGAAUGCCUGUAAGCCUUUGUAAGCUACUUGCGCUGGAUACAUUUAAGCUGAUUGUGAAACAAAAACUGGUGGUUUGAAAUGUUUUUGGAAUGCAAGUGCUACUCCUGCUGCUUGUGUAGAUAUUACCUCAGCUAAUUGUACUCUUAUUACAGGAUUAACAAGUCCAAAUAAUACUCAUGCCCAUUGUUAAUCAUAUAGUACUGACUGUACUAUUAAAACUGGAGCCACUGAAUGUAGAGCUAUUUAAGCAAAUUGCACUGGUUAUGCUGAAGUGGAAUGUAAUGUCAAAACUGGUGGUUUGAAAUGUUUUUGGAAUGCAAGUGCUACUCCUGCUGCUUGUGUAGAUAUUACUUCAGCUAAUUGUACUCUUAUUACAGGAUUAACAAGUCCAAAUAAUACUCAUGCCCAUUGUUAAUCAUAUAGUACUGACUGUACUAUUAAAACUGGAGCCACUGAAUGUAGAGCUAUUUAAGCAAAUUGCACUGGUUAUGCUGAAGUGGAAUGUAAUGUCAAAACUGGUGGUUUGAAAUGUUUUUGGAAUGCAAGUGCUACUCCUGCUGCUUGUGUAGAUAUUACUUCAGCUAAUUGUACUCUUAUUACAGGAUUAACAAGUCCAAAUAAUACUCAUGCCCAUUGUUAAUCAUAUAGUACUGACUGUACUAUUAAAACUGGAGCCACUGAAUGUAGAGCUAUUUAAGCAAAUUGCACUGGUUAUGCUGAAGUGGAAUGUAAUGUCAAAACUGGUGGUUUGAAAUGUUUUUGGAAUGCAAGUGCUACUCCUGCUGCUUGUGUAGAUAUUACUUCAGCUAAUUGUACUCUUAUUACAGGAUUAACAAGUCCAAAUAAUACUCAUGCCCAUUGUUAAUCAUAUAGUACUGACUGUACUAUUAAAACUGGAGCCACUGAAUGUAGAGCUAUUUAAGCAAAUUGCACUGGUUAUGCUGAAGUGGAAUGUAAUGUCAAAACUGGUGGUUUGAAAUGUUUUUGGAAUGCAAGUGCUACUCCUGCUGCUUGUGUAGAUAUUACUUCAGCUAAUUGUACCCUUCUCACAUCAUUAACAAGUCCAAAUAAUACUCAUGCAAUCUGUUAAGGAUACAGCACUGAUUGUACUAUUAAUGUUGCUGGGAAUGCCUGUAAGCCUUUGUAAGCUACUUGCGCUGGAUACAUUUAAGCUGAUUGUGAAACAAAAACUGGUGGUUUGAAAUGUUUUUGGAAUGCAAGUGCUACUCCUGCUGCUUGUGUAGAUAUUACCUCAGCUAAUUGUACUCUUAUUACAGGAUUAACAAGUCCAAAUAAUACUCAUGCCCAUUGUUAAUCAUAUAGUACUGACUGUACUAUUAAAACUGGAGCCACUGAAUGUAGAGCUAUUUAAGCAAAUUGCACUGGUUAUGCUGAAGUGGAUUGUAAUGUCAAAACUGGUGGUUUGAAAUGUUUUUGGAAUGCAAGUGCUACUCCUGCUGCUUGUGUAGAUAUUACUUCAACUAAUUGUAACCUUCUCACAUCAUUAACAAGUCCAAAUAAUACUCAUGCAAUCUGUUAAGGAUACAGCACUGAUUGUACUAUUAAUGUUGCUGGGAAUGCCUGUAAGCCUUUGUAAGCUACUUGCGCUGGAUACAUUUAAGCUGAUUGUGAAACAAAAACUGGUGGUUUGAAAUGUUUUUGGAAUGCAAGUGCUACUCCUGCUGCUUGUGUAGAUAUUACCUCAGCUAAUUGUACUCUUAUUACAGGAUUAACAAGUCCAAAUAAUACUCAUGCAAUCUGUUAAGGAUACAGCACUGAUUGUACUAUUAAUGCUGGUGGAACAGCAUGUUUAGCGCUAACCUGCGAAACUGCUCCGGUUGCAAGCCCAAGUUUUGCUAAUUGCUAAGCUUACAAUACAUCUUGUAGUGUAAAGAGAGAUGGAAGUGGCUGUGUUACAAUUUAAGCAUAGUGCUCAGGAUAUACAUCAAUAGUUAAUUGUUAUAAAUCCACUGCUGGUUAUUGCAUUGCUAAUAGCUCAGAUAAUUCAUGUCUCAGUUUGACAGCCUCAACUACUUGUGAUGCUUUAUAUUUAGGAGCUGGUAACUAUACUCAUGCAAAAUGUAACUUAUUUAAAGAUAGUUGCACUAAUUUAAGUACAACAGGAUGCUAAACUAAAACAUGUGCUAAUUAUGCAGGACCUACUUUUAAUCAUGCUAAUUGUAAUGGUUGGUUGAAUACUUGUACUACAAAUGUUGGAAAUACCGCAUGCACAACUAUGCCAGCAACAUGUGCCGUCUAAACACAAGCAUCAUGCCUUUGGUCAGUUGAAGGAGAGUGUGUAGUCUAAGGUACAUCUUGUGUCAGAAAGACCUGUGAUACUGCACUUCCAGCUUCAAGCUUUGGCACUCAUUCUCUCUGUAUCGGUUAUUUAUCUUCAUGCACUGUUGCAAGAACAGGAGGUUGCUAAGCAAGAGCUGCUUGUUCAACUUAUAAAUCAACCUUAUAAUGUAAAUUCAAUACAAGUGGUGGAAGAUGUUUCUGGAAUCCAACCAACUUGACUUGUGUUGAUUUGAAUUGUGGUAAUAUUGAGGCCACAUCUUCAUAUGAUACUCAUGCUGAAUGUGUAGCAGUAGAUUCAUCAUGCACCGUUCGAGCCUCAAAUGGCUCUGCUGCUCCUGGUUGUAUGGCUAGAGGAGCAUGCAGUGCAUAUACUAUUGAAGAUCAAUGUAGAACAAAUGCCAGUAAUGGUGUUUGCGUUUGGAAUACUAAUGUAACUCCAGCUGUUUGUCAGGAUAAAUCUUGUACUAGUGCUCCAAAUUCUACUACAACUCAUAAUGAUUGUUAUGCUUAUUAUAAUACUGCAACAGUAAAAUGUACAGUGGCUGCCAUUCCAAGUAAUAGUGGUGGUAAUCCUACAUUGUAAGGAUGUUAAUAAACAGCAGCAUGUUCAACUUACAUUGAUAAAGAAUAAUGUCAAAUUAAUGCUAAUGGGGAUCCAUGUGGAUGGAAUGGAACAUAAUGUGCUGACAAAUCUUGUGCAACUGCUCCUGCCACCGCCGAUUAUGAUGAUGAUACAAAGUGUAGAGCUUACAUCUCGAAUAAAUGCACUGUCUCAGAAUCUGGAUAAGGAUGUGUAGAUAUUCCUGCCACUUGUGAAACAAUGACAUAGAAAUAAUGCUAUUAUAAUAAGGCUGGUGAUCCAUGCUAUUGGAACGGAACAGCUUGUAUCACAAGAACAUGCGAAAAUGCUCCAGAUGCAACAGUUACAGCUGAAGAAUGUAAUACAUAUUUAGCUGGAUGCACUUUAGAUAAUGUUAAAUGUAAACCAAAGGUUUGUGAAGAUUUCGCAUUUGCCACAGAUGCCUUAUGCAAAUAAGCUCUUAGCACAUGUACAACCAAUGGUACAAAUUGUGUUACUAGAGGAACUUGUUUCCAAGCUUUGAAUCAAGCUGGUUGUGUUACUUCAUCAACAAAUCAAUAAUGUGAAUGGAUACCAGCUGCAGGUACUAAUUAAGCAUAUUGUACUAUAAAGACAUGCAGUACAGCCCCAGUUACUUUAACUUCAGAAGCAGCCUGUGCAGGUUAUUUCACUAAUUGCACUACAAAGAAUGGUGGUGGAUGUGUUGCUAAAACUACUUGUUCAGCUGUCACUAUUGAUGCUGCCUGUACAACUGCUCUUAAUGGUACAAUUUGUGCUUGGGAUAGUGCAUAAAAUAGAUGCAGAGACAAAGAUUGUUAAGAUUUUAGUGGAACAACUCAUUCAGCAUGUUAAGCCUAAAGAGCUGGAUGUACUGCUGGUGCAAAUGGAAAAUGUGCCAAAGUUUAAAAUUGCGAACAAACUUAAAUUAGAAGUGCUUGUAUUGAAGGAACAAAUGGACCAUGUUUGUGGAUUAAUGAUUUCGUUAACACUGAUGGAUCAAAAGGAGCUUGCUUCAGAUAUACAUCAUGCAAGAGUUUAUCUUGGAAUACUGAUUUAUAAUGCAAAUGGAUUAGUAAAUAAUGCACAACAAAUGGGUCUGGUUGUAUUGGAAUUACUUAAUGUUCAGAAACCAAUACAGAUGGUGGAUGUGUCACAGGAUAUGACGGCGCUUGUAUCUAAUCAGUUCCAGCUUUGAAUUCUCCAGAUCCAAAGGUUUGUAAACCAUAUACUUCUUGCGCAGAUGCUUUCUACACAACUCAUUCAGAUUGUUAGAUAGCUAGUAGAUAGUGUACAACAAAUGGAACAACUGGUUGCAUAGCUUUGGGUGCUUGUUCUUCUUAUACUUCACAGGCAGGAUGUUAUUUCAACGAUAAAGGAAUUAUUUAUACAUCUGGAUCUAUUACUUCAACUGGAAUUUGUACUUGGGAUACUACUUCUAAUAGUUGUAGAGAUUAAUCAUGUGCAGAUUUAACUGGUACAAACCAUUCCACAUGUUCUUCAUAAUUGUCAACCUGCACAUCAGAUGGAACUACUUGUUUACUCAAAGGAGCAUGUUCAUCAUACACAACUUAAACUGCCUGCACAACAGCAGUUGGAUCUGAUGGUAUUUGCUAUUGGGAACUUGCAUCUGCAACCAAUAAUAACACUGCAAAAUGUAGAUUAUAAACUUGUGCUGAUAUUCAAAAUGGUACCUCCACAAAUGUUUGCCUAGUUGCUUUAUCUUCUUGUGUUUCAAACGGAACUGCAUGCAUUCCUAAAGCCAAUUGCUCAACUUAUACAACUAAAACUGCUUGUAAUUCUGGUGGAUUGGAUGGAAUUUGUGUUUUUACUUAAUCUACUGCCACUGGAGCUGCUGCAGGUACUGGUACUUGUGCUUUAAUGACAGCUUGUACAACAGCUAAUAAUGAUUAAAUUGCAUGUUAAGCUGCCAAAGAUAGAUGUUCAUGGACUCCAGCAUCAGGAACUGGAGCCACUGCUGUUGCAAGUAAAUGUGCUGCUCACACUUGCGCUACAAACUAAGCUACAAAUGGAGUUUGUACAAGAUUUUUGAAUUGGGACAAAAAGACUUAAUAAGUUUGCACUCUUGUCAGUGGUGCAUGCACAGCCACAGACCCAUCAACUUUGUCAUUAAAUGAUUGCUUCUUGGUUUCUGGUUAUACAUAUACCUGGAAUGCAUCAACAAGCAAAUGUGGAGUUUGCACUGCAGUUGUUGUUUAACCAAAUAAUACAGAUAACAACACAAACAACACUGAUAACAAUACAACAACUGAUUCAGGAUACAUACUUGGAUUAUCAACAAUCGUUUUUGGAUAUCUCAUGUUCUGA